UUCUCUUUGUUUAUUUAUUUCUCUCCCCAUAGACAAUAGAAGCUAUAUCUCAAAUAAUUUCCCAAAAACUUCAAAGCUCAAAAAAAUUUUCUUGAGGACAAUGGCUUCUGCUUCACCGCCACCACCGUCAACAUCCCUAACAUCACAACAACCGCCUUCUCAGCUUCCCCUCCGUGCGAUGCCGGGAUCGUACGGUUGGCCAUUGGUGGGACCGUUAUCGGACCGUUUAGAUUACUUCUGGUUCCAAGGACCUGAGAAGUUUUUCAAGACAAGAGCAGACAAAUACAAGAGCACUGUGUUCCGUACAAAUAUCCCUCCGGCGUUUCCUUUCUUCGGCGACGUUAACCCUAACAUCGUCGCCGUCCUCGACGUCAAAUCUUUUAGCUAUCUCUUCGACAUGGAUCUAGUUGAUAAAAGAGAUGUUCUCAUCGGCGAUUUCCGUCCUAGCCUCGACUUCUACGGCGGCCUUCGUGUCGGAGUUUAUCUCGACACCACCGAGCCUAAGCACGCCAAGGUAAAAAGUUUCGCCAUGGAAAUACUAAAACGAAGCUCGGAAGUAUGGCUACGAGAACUUCUCUCAAACCUCGACAAGUUCUGGGAAACAGUGGAAUCCGACAUUUCUAAAAACGACGCUGCUUCGUACAUGUUCACUCUCCAACGCUGCAUCUUCAGUUUCCUCACCAUCUCCCUCGCCGGCGUAAACCCCUCCGUAUCGCCGGACAUCGCCGAGAACGGGUGGAAGAUGCUCAAUAAAUGGCUCGCGAUUCAGGUCAUCCCCACCACCAAGAUCGGCCUUCUUCCGCCGCUUGAGGAGAUCUUUCUCCAUUCCUGGGCUUACCCUUUCUUCCUCGUCGCCGGAGAUUACAAGAAGCUCUACAAUUUCAUCAGCGAACACGCUGGAGAUGUUCUCCGGUUAGGUGAAAAGGAAUUCGGGUUGACCCGAGACGAGUCGGUCCAUAAUCUCCUCUUCGUAUUGGGUUUCAAUGCAUACGGGGGCUUUUCCGUCUUUUUACCAUCUUUGAUCGGGAAAAUUGUCGGGGACAAUACCGGCCUCCAGGAGAGGCUGAGAUUGGAAGUCAGAAAAAUCUGCGGGUCCAGGUCGGGUUUGAAUUUCCGGACGGUUAACAAAUUGGAGCUGGUGAAAUCUGUGGUUUAUGAAACGCUGCGUUUAAGUCCUCCAGUUCCUCUUCAGUUCGCACGUGCCAGAGAAGCUUUCAAGAUAAGCUCACACGACGCCGUUUUUGAGGUAAAGAAAGGCGAGCUUCUCUGCGGCUACCAACCGCUUGUGAUGAGAGACGCUAACAUCUUCGACGAUCCGGAAGAAUUUAAACCAGACCGGUAUAUUGGUCAAACAGGAUCUGAACUGCUUAAUUAUCUCUUCUGGUCUAAUGGUCCACAAACCGGUACGCCUAGCCAGUCCAACAAGCAGUGUGCAGCCAAGGAUAUGGUCACGUUCACAGCUUGCUUGAUCGUUGCCGAUUUGUUUCUCCGGUACGAUAAAGUUACCGGUGACGUCUCGAGUAUCACGACCGUUGAAAAAGCUAAAUUAGUAUGAUUCAUUAAUGGAUUAUAUAAUUAAUCUUCACCUGUUUAAUAUGUUCGUAGUGUAUAAUCAGUUUAUAAGCUAAAAUAAUGCGAAUUGAAACACAAAUUACCAUGUCAUGUCAGUGGGAUUAUUAUUUAAAA